CAUUGUGGGCUGCCCCAGAGCGAGCAGAAGCACAGCUCACACACAAUAUGUGUUGGCUCGCCAAAAAGGAGCAGCCAGGGUCCCUUCCACAGCAUGUCAUGUAACUGGGGAAGGGGCCUGUGAAACGGCUUGGCCUUUCCUGCAGGGCAAGAAGAUAGCCCUGGGCGCAGGAGAGCUGAGGUUGGGGGAGUGGGGAAGGCGGCGGGCAUGUCUUUCAAGGAGGCCAAACCUGGGGACAGAGGCAAGAACCCAGAAGACCAUGGCAGAAAGCAGACUGCACAGACUGCAAGCUGGAUGAACGGGAUGGAGGCAGGCAACCAGCCCAGCACUUCGGCCGAGAAGAAGGGUCACCAUUGGCGGAGUUACAAGUUGAUCAUCGACCCGGCUCUGAAGAAGGGGCAGCACAAACUCUAUCGUUACGAUGGGCUCAGCUUCAGCAUGCCUAACUCCGGGGUCCCUCCAGUGGAUUCAGUAAGGGAUCCCCGGAUCGGGCGUAUAUGGACCAAAAUUAAAGAGCUGGAUUUGCUCGUCCCCAAGCUCAAGAUCGACGAGUUUUAUGUGGGGCCAGUGCCCCCCAAGCAAGUGACGUUUGCCAAAUUGAAUGAUAACAUCCGCGAAAACUUCCUGGGGGACAUGUGCAAGAAAUACGGGGAAGUGGAGGAGGUGGAGAUCCUGUAUAACCCCAAAAACAAAAAACACCUGGGCAUUGCCAAAGUCCUAUUCGCCACCGUGAAAGGCGCCAGGGACGCGGUGAAACAUUUGCACAACACCUCGGUCAUGGGCAACAUCAUUCACGUGGAGCUGGACACGAAAGGUGAAACGCGUAUGCGCUUCUAUGAACUCUUGGUUAAUGGUUAUUAUACUCCUCAGACUCUUCCAGUUGGAACUGAUUUGGAUGCUUCUCCCACUGUGAAUGAAACGCCACAGGUUGUUGUUGUUGAGCCAGUGAAACGUACAAAAGAGACUUCCAUUGGUGCAUCAGUUACCCCAAACAGCAGUACUCCAUUUUCCCAUGAUACAGCCUAUUCAAGCUCUCGGCAAGGUACGCCUAAUUCUUACAGCCAGUUUACACCACAGUCACAAGGGACUCCUCAUACUCCCCGCUUAGGAACCCCUUUCUCGCAGGAUUCCAGUUAUUCCAGUCGUCAAACAACGCCAGCUUUUCAUUACGGACAGGACUCUGGUUUUAAACCAAGGAGACAUGAAAAAAAGUUUACGGAUGCUUAUAACAGAAGGCCAGGCCACCACUAUGUACACAGUUCUGGAUCCUACAGGGGGCCUGAACACACAUCUAAUGUGGCCAAACCUCAAGCAGAAAUAUUGCAGCUUCCCCGUACUCCACCUAGCGGGAAUUAUAAAUCCGCAUUUUCACCUUAUCAAGGAAGUACUGUUUUCCCUCAAACAGAUGAGAGCCAGUAUCCUCAAACAUCAAGGGAUAUGGAGUACAGAAGGAUAGGGCCUCAGACUUCAGAAUCAUAUACUGAUGCAGGGUGCAACUCUGCCAGUUUGGAACUGAAAAUAGUAAAAGAGAAACCAGAGGAACCUCCACCUCCAGAGCCUGACUCUACCACAGAGCAAAAAAUAUCAUUUUCUCAGACCCCAGAGAGGUGUGAGACACCUGGAACUCCAACUCUGGAGGCUGAAAUGCAGCAUGACAGUUUGGACACACGGAUUGCAAUGCUAUUAAAAGAGCAAAGAACCCAGCUGCAUUUAAUUGCUGGUGAGCAAAACUCAGACCAUGAAAUAAGGAUGGAGGGAAGUCCAAUAUCAUCCUCUUCCUCUCAGCUUUCUCCAAUCCCUCCUUAUAGUUCAAGCUCCCAUUACCAGGAUGUUACCCCUUCAUCCCGACCCUCAAGCACAGGAUUAGAGGAUAUUAGCCCAACCCCAUUGCCAGAUUCUGAUGAUGAUGAUGAGCCGAUUCCUGGCACUGCCUCGCUUUGCCAGAACUCAAGGUCAGCAUCUCCCAUAGACCAGAUAAACCAGCCUGUCCGAAAAAUGGAGAGUCUGGAUAAGAAAGAACUUUUAGUGGGUGAUGAAACCCCAACAUCUGAGAAAAUGGAUGAGGGUCCUCCAUCCUCGGGAGAGGACAUGGAGAUCUCAGAUGAUGAAGUUACCCCUUCUCCAAUCACAAGUGCAGAGUGUCCCAUAACCAGUUCAUCUGUCAUUGCCUCAGUCAUUCCCAUUCCACCACCUAGGUUUCCGCCUCUGCCCCCACCACCUCCUCCACAGCCUGGAUUUCCCAUGCCACCUCCUUUACCCCCUCCACCGCCUCCUACCCAUCCAUCAGUAACAGUACCACCACCUCCAUUGCCUGCACCACCUGGGGUGCCUCCGCAUCACAUAUUGCACCCUCCACCUCCAUAUCGUCAUUUCCCUAUGAUGCAAGGGGAAAUGAUGACUGUCCUUGGGAACCACUGGGGUGGGAUGACAAUGUCCUUCCAAAUGCAAACUCAAAUGCUCAGCCGUAUGAUGCAAGGGCAGGGUUCUUACCCCUACCACCAUUUCAUGGGAGGCUCCAUGCAGUUUGGUAACCAGCACCCUUAUCGGCCAUUUGCUAUAUCUGCACACCUUUCCAGAGGACAGCCUUGGCCACCCUUUCCAAAGUUUGAUCCAUCUGUACCACCACCAGGCUACAAGCCCAAAAAGGAGGAUCCUCACAAAGCAACAGUGGAUGGCGUCUUGCAAGUCAUUGUCAAGGAGCUGAAAGCUAUAAUGAAAAGAGAUCUGAACCGCAAGAUGGUUGAGGUGGUGGCUUUUAGGGCGUUUGAUGAAUGGUGGGAUAAAAAGGAAAGUUUGGCAAAGCAAUCUUUAACACCUGUAAAAUCUGGGGAGAGCAAGGACGAAGAUAAACAAAAGACUAAGGAGCAAAUAACAUCUAGCCUCCUGGAAAGCUGGAAUAAAGGGGAGGGAUUAGGCUUUGAGGGUAUUGGACUGGGCAUUGGUCUGCGUGGUGCAAUCCGACUACCCUCUUUUAAGGUAAAGCGGAAAGAACCUCCUGAUGCUGCACUGGCUGGAGAUCAGAAGAGGAUUCGUCCAUCACAUUCAGUAGAUGAUGAGGAUGAAGAGUCUGAAAGAGAUCGAGAUCUCUCUGGUACAGCAUCUGACUUAUCAAAGAAAGAUGCUGAUGCAGUAAACAUCCGAAGAAGGCCAGCAAGACCCUUAGACAGUGAAGGGGAAGAAGAGGUUGAAAGUGAAGGAGAUGAUGGGGAGACUUCAGAUAAAGAAGACUCAUCUUCUGAGAAAGAAGACCAAGAUGAUGCUUCUGUCUCGGCUUUGUCCAGUAAAAAGCAGCUGUAUGGGGCAAAAGAGGAUGAGGAUGAUGAUGAUGCACAAAGCAGUGGGAAAGAAGAGGAUGUUGUUUCAGAGGAAGAUGACACCACCAGUGUAGCUUCUUCCAGAGCUGAGAUGGAUUCUUCUGAUGUAAGUGAGGAAUCUUCAGAGUAUGAGUCAAGCUCAGAUUCAGAUGACGAAAUAGAGGGGGAUGACGACGAAGAAGAAGAACUAAUCUUCGAGGAGGAUCAAUCUGAGGAACUAGAUUUUGGUCAGGAAGAUGAUAUUGAGACUGAAAGGGAAGUAGACGUCUUCAGGGAGGACGUGUCUGAAGGUAGCAGUUCAGCAAAGGCAGAAACAGAUUUAGAAGAUGAUGAAUUGCAAAAAAUAGAGCUAGAUAUUGCACAACCGGCACAAGAGACAUCACAUCUGAGAAAGAAAGACCUAGAUGUACCACUGGUUGAGUCUAAAGAACACAAACCGGAUACCUUAGAGGCGGAGAAGCUCUCUGCAGUACCCAAGCAAGAGGAUGUUUUUAAGGAACAUGAAAAAGCACCAUCACCAAUGAAUGAAGAGGAAGAGUAUAUAGAGCUUCAUUUAGAACCUGUGCCUUUGGGUUCAGAAAAUGCACCUGCAGCUGUACAAGAGUCUAUGACCAUCCGUCCCUUAACACCAACUGGCGCUUUUGGUGAAUCUGGUCCUGUUCUCAAGCUUGAAGAACCCAGGCUGCAACUUAAUUUGACUCGGAUUGUUGCAGAAGAUGAAGAACUGUACCCUCGCACACCUGGCCGGGACACAGCUGCUCAUUCAGAUACAGAGGUCACGUUUCAGCCUGGUUUGAAAGUGCCCCCAUCCAGCCUUCCUCUUUUGCAAAGCCACAGUAAGGAAGAUGAGUGUUCGCUUCCCCCUGAAAAGCAUACUGGUCACUUAAAGGUGACUAAGACAUUGUCAGAGGAAGAACUGCCCCGUACACCAGGCAGAGAUAUCGUGGUUAAGACCUCCCACCUUGGGAAGUCUCAGAGUACAGAGACCAUUCCUGCAACACCAGGUAGUGAUGCUCCACUCACAGGUAACAGUCUUAUGCUGGCUUCCCCGCACAUACCUGGUAGUCCCUUUUCUUAUCUCUCCCAGUCACCAGGAAUAAUUAACAGUGGUAUUCCAAGGACACCUGGAAGAGAUUUUAACUUCACCCCAACCUUCCCAGAAUCAAAUACAAUAUUCACCUGCCACCCUUCUGGCAAAACACCCUCUGUAGAUGAGCCAGAUAAAAAGUCAUUUAAAGAACCAACCAGUGCUUCCUUAACUAUGAACAGUGUUCCUUCACCCAUCUCAUUUGCUAGCCCGCCUAGAGGGGUACCACACAUGGACAUAAGGUUAGAGACAGAUGAUCUGGAAUCAUCUGAUGCUCCAGCAUACUUUUCUAAUAAAUUAUUAAGUGAGGAGAGCGAAUGUGAGUUUACUAAAGAACAGCUGCCUUCCACUGAUGAAUCUGCACCUUCACCACCUCUCCCUCCUACAGAGAAGAGGAAAGAAGACAGAUCCAAAAAACCUCUUUCUGCUCAUGAAUUUGAGUCUUGUGUUGGGAAAAACUAUGAAACUUCUGCUGUUGCCUUGUCAGAAGGUGGUUUGGGUAAACAGUUGUUUAUAGGACAACCUGAUGCUGUCAGUGGUAUUAAAGAUCCAUCAGCUGUGCCACUGGAUUUUAGGAAUGAUGGUCUCUCUGAAAACACAGUUCAUGAAUCUAUUAUUCAAAAAGUCCCUUUAAAAGAGUUGGAAAAUCAGUUGAAAGAAGUUUUAAAAGAGGAGGAGGAUAUAACUAAACAUAAAAAGUCAAGGAACUCCAGGCUUAAACAAUAUGAUGAGUUUUCAACUGUACCUUCUCCUGAAUAUUCCCCACCCCGUGCAAUGUUUAAACCUCGCUCUGAAUUUGAGGAGAUGACCAUUCUGUAUGAUAUAUGGAAUGGAGGAAUAGAUGAUGAAGAUAUCAAAUACAUGUGCAUAACCUAUGAUAGACUGUUACAGCAAGAUAAUGGCAUGGACUGGCUCAAUGACACAUUAUGGGUUUACCACCCUACAACCAGUGUUUAUUCCCCCAAGAAGAAGAAACGAGAUGAUGGUUUACGGGAGCAUGUAACAGGAUGUGCCCGUAGCGAGGGAUAUUAUAAAAUUGAUGACAAAGACAAACUUAAAUACCUCAUUAACAACCGUUCUUUGGCUGAAGAGCCUCCCAUUGAUACCCAGGGAAAGAGUAUCCCAGCUCAGCCUCAGGCCUCCACCCGAGCAGGCUCGGAAAGAAGGUCAGAACAGCGCAGACUGCUCUCUUCCUUUACUGGGAGUUGUGACAGCGACUUGCUCAAAUUUAAUCAGCUGAAGUUCCGAAAGAAAAAGUUGCGUUUCUGCAGGAGCCAUAUACACGACUGGGGUCUUUUUGCCAUGGAACCAAUUGUAGCUGAUGAAAUGGUGAUUGAGUAUGUUGGACAAAAUAUUAGACAGGUAAUUGCAGAUAUGAGGGAAAAGCGAUAUGAGGAUGAAGGAAUCGGCAGCAGUUAUAUGUUUAGGGUGGACCACGACACCAUCAUUGAUGCGACAAAAUGUGGGAAUUUUGCACGGUUCAUUAACCACAGCUGUAAUCCUAAUUGCUAUGCAAAGGUUGUUACUGUGGAGUCUCAAAAGAAGAUUGUGAUCUACUCUAAACAGUAUAUCAAUGUGAAUGAAGAGAUAACAUAUGAUUACAAGUUCCCUAUAGAGGAUGUGAAGAUCCCUUGUCUUUGCGGAGCAGAGAACUGCAGAGGGACGCUAAAUUAGAGAUCCUCUCUUCAAUGCACCUUUCAGCCAUGUUGGACUGCAGGAUAUCGGUGUAAGUUGCACUUUUGCCAAAAAUAAUGAAAAAAGAAAAAGAAACAAAAUAUGGUUUCGCACUUCCCCUUGGGCUCAUGAUCAACACAAGCACAUGUAUAGUAGGACAUUGCCUUUGAUUGUAAGGAUCCUGGUGCUCUUUCUUCAACCAGAAAACAAGCAAACAAAAACACCCUUUGGUCUAUAAAUGUUGGGGGGGGGGAGCAAAAACACUAUCUCCUCCUGUUUUAUACAUUUUUAAGGGUAUACCGUUACCUUGAGUUUCUGCUUCAAGCUUCCUCAUACCACAUCCCCUAUAGAUGAGGAAAUGCUACAAUGGUGUCUGCAGACUUCUCGGCAGAGAAUUAACUUUUUGCACCUUCCUUGGUUUUUAAUUUUAUUUCAUACUUUCAUAAUGCAAAGUUCUGAAUUACUUCCUUACCUUCCCACAAAUCUACCAGCUACAAUUUGCUAAGAAUCAUGACAUUUCAGUUACACUGACCAUUUUCUUUUCUGAUUUGGUUCACUUUCUACCCACUGGUAUGCAGCCAUUUUCUCCUCUCCACUGCUAAAUCGGCUGCAAAUGAUUUAUUUGUUAUCAGAUCCCUUCUUUAAAACAUAGUCCUCUAUUAUGCCCAUAAUGCAUUACAAGAUGUUAUGAAGUGGCAUGACAGAAGCCGUUUUUUAAAACCAGUGUUUAGUUUCAUUAAGAGCUUUAUUAUGAUUAUGCCUUUUCUAUUAUGCUGCAAGCACUUAUUAACUGCUAUAGGAUCUUUUCAGAUUUAGUUGUACCCUUAAACAAAAAAAGUUUACAGGUAUAGAAUCUAUUAUCUAUAAAACCUAUUAUCCAGAAAGACUGAUUUUCUUUUUUUUCUCUGUAAUAAUAAAGCAGUACCUUGUACUUCAUGGUAUCUAAGCUGCAUGACACCACAUUGGUGGCAAAACAAUUUUCUUGGUUUCUUUUUAAUGUUUAAAUGUCUUUUAGUAGCCUUAAGGCAUGGUGCUCUACAUUGCAAAAAAAACCACCUGAUCUGGAAAAGCUCCAGGUCCCUCAAGCAUUCCAGAUAAUAGAUCCCAUACCUGUAUUCUUUCCAGGUGUGGCAGUACCUGUACAUUCAUUUGCAUCUGAAAAGCAAUCCUCUUUUUCUUUAAAUGUAAGUAGUCCAAAUUAAAAAGGCUAUUAAUGCAUCAUGUCUGCGUCCAAAUAAUGAUGAAAUGAUUAGGAUAGGGCGUCCUUUAUAAUGCAGAUUUUAUACAGGAGCCACAGAGUUGAGUUCAAUAUGCUCUUGUCCAUGCAGGUGGCUCUUUUCUGUUCCAGCAUUUAGUACUGGUAGGCACAUGCCACUAUUGUAGGACUUGGUGUGGUCGUAGUAUUAUUUAAAUUAAGUCUUUGUUAAUUUUAGCGGUGGGGCGCUUCAAAUGGCACUAUAGCUAAAAUACAUUAUAUGCAGCCUCAAUGUAAGUAAAUGACUUGCAUCCAUUAUUCUAAAUGUUACCAAAAGCACAUUCAGCCACUUUUGGCUUCCCCAUUGUAAACAGCCAGAUAGCAGAUGUUUGCAAUUCAAAUUAUAGCUGUUCAUUCUUAAUGGGGAACUAUAACAUCGAGGAUUUGAUUUUUUGUUUUAAAUCCAAAAAUCUAUUUAAGAUGCAGAAGAAAAGCAAACGUGUAGUUGACCAAUAUCAGUGAUCACCAACCAGUAGCUCGUGAGCAACAUGUUGCUCACCAACCCUCUGAAUGUUGCUCCCAGUGGCCUCAAAGCAGGUGCUUAUUUUUGAAUUCCAGGCUUGGAGGCAAGUUUUGGUUGU